UGAAGGCAGUGUAAGUAACAUUGUGUUUAGUUUUCGAACAAAAUGGGCGACGAAGAGCUAGCUGCGAUACGUGAGAGGCGCAUGGGAGCACUACAAAAGGAAUUUUCGGGUCGAGGUCCCCCAAAUGCUGACCGUGACUUGGAAGAACGAAAGGCCAAAGAAGAGGAGUUCAAGAAUCAGAUUCUCAGUCAAGCUCUCAGCCAGGAAGCAAGAGCACGAUUGAACACAAUAGCAGUUGCUAAACCUGAGAAGGCAGCACUUGUAGAAAACAUGCUUCUCCGGAUGGUGCAAAUGGGUCAGAUCCAAGGCAAGCUGCAAGAAGGAGACUUGAUCAACAUGCUGGAAAGAGUGAGUGAGCAAACCCAAAAAAAGACAACUGUGAAGUUCGACAGACGUAGAGCAGGCCUGGACGAUUCAGAUGAUGACUACUGAAGAGCAGACUGGGAAGAACAUGCAGGAAGAACUGCCUCUGUAAAGGCCACAGCCGUAUCCACGCCACUGAAGGAGCCGCUAGCCCAUCCUCUUGCAACUUUGUACUUCAUACUCGCUAAGCAUUUGAUAAACAGCAAACAGAAGCACGAAAUUUGUGGA